AAGGGAUGGUUCGGUUCCUACAGUUUUGCAACACUUUUUAAUCUACUUUUUCUUCCUCAUUCCAAAUAAAUAAAUUCAAGUACCUAUGAAAAUUCAACUAAUUAUUUUCGCCUCAAAGUGCAUCAAUUUUCGAAAUUACGUCAAGUGCUGAAGUGUGCAUUUGGCGAGGAAAACUAUGUCAACGAAUAGUGACGUGUUACCAUCUUGACAUCUCAAAAAGAUAAAUAAACCUCGCGAUGUCCGGAAAUCCGGAAGAACCGCCAGGUCCGGCGGAAGGUGGUCCUGAUGAGCCUCUUGAUCUCAAGGAAUCGUGUGAACAGAGCAAAAGUCAAUUAGUGACUUUGAAGGAACUCAUGAUAAGAAAUAAGCAGAGUCUCAAGAAAAAAGAGGAGGAAAUACAGGAAUAUGCCAAGAAACUUUCGAAAUUCAAAACGAGAGCGAAAUUGUCUCGAAAAGGCAAAGAAGAAGCCUCCGGGGAAUCGACUGCGAAAUCCGAAACUGCUUUAUUAGAAGCUGAAGAUGUCGUGGACGAUAUUAGUCAGGCGAAAACGCCAAAGGCUAAAUCAUCUUUGCUCCAAAGAAAACUUGCCGAGGAUAAGAAAAUUUUUGAACAAAGGAGUAAAGUAAUGACUGAAAAUAAAAGAGCUGUGGAAGAAAAAGUCGAGGCGAUUAGGCAGCAACUUGAAGAGAGAGAUCAGCAGACUUUGCCCCCUAAUCCAGUUUCCCAGGCGGCACCUCUAAUGCAAAUGAGCUUCCAGCAAGACAAAGACAAUAAAAUAGCAGAACUGAGUAACCGAAUUCUCGAAUUGGAAGCGACUGUUCUGGACCUUCGGGAAAAUUUGAAAGAAAAGGAUUCGGUUAUCGAUUCAAAAACGAAAGCAAUAACACUGAUGUCGGCCGAUCUUUCCAUGAAGGGAAAAACGACUCUCGACACUCUCGAGGACACGAAAGACGAAAUGCGAACGAUGCAGGAGCACUUUGUGCUCUUGGAGUCUUCCUUAAGAAGCAAAAACGACAAUCUUCUCGAACAAUUGCGAGAAAAAAGUGAUAGGAUAACCGAUUUAGAAGAUACGCUUCAACGAUCCGCGGACCAGUUGGAAGCCCAGAAAGUAGCGGAAUCUGCAAGUGUCGAUUUUUCUCGUUCGACAAUGGACACUUUGGCGGACACAAAAGAGGCGAUGAAAUCGAUGCAAGAAAAUUUCGUGCUGAUCGAGUCGUCCCUAAAAUCGAAGAACGAUCAUCUUUUGAAACAGCUGGAGGAGCGCGAGACGCGACUCGCCGAGGCUAUGGAGAGAAUUUUCAAUUUGGAAUCCGGUGCCGGAAUUUCUCGAGUCCCGGAAAUCGCGGAACUCGAGUACAAAAUUGAAAAGGUGGAGGAGAACAGUCGCAAAUUGCAGGACGAGAAAUACGAGUUGCAGAAAAAUAAUUCCGAGUUGCAGAAUCAGGUGAUUGCCCUUGAAUCGGCGACAAAUGGGAAUGGGCUGAUUGUGGAGAAGGACAAUCGAAUUGCGGAACUUGAGAGUUUGAUCGAGGAGUUGAAAAAGUCAAAUCAGCUGUUGCAGGAGGAGUCGAAGACGGAAUUGCAGAAGCAGCUGGCGGAAUUGUCGGUGAGAAAUGAGGAGAUUUCGAACAGGUUGGUGGAUUUGGAGAGGAUGGUUCAUGAUUUGGAGACGGAGAGGGCCGAACUUGCGGCGAAAAUUCCGAGCGAGAGUCCGAAGGAGGACGAGAAGGUGGUGAAGUUGACGAAGGAGCUUGAGGAUUUGAACAGGGGUGUGAUUAAAAUGAGGGCGCAGAACAAGAGCAAGGUGAAAAAUCUUCAGAGGCAGUUGGAGAGCUUCAGAAAGGUAUCGGAUGCAAAUGCGGAAUUGGUGAGACUCGGAAAUCAGGUGGCGCUCCUAGAGGAGGAGAAAGGUAACCUUCAGCUGGGUCUGGUAGACUUUGACGAGCUUAAAGCGUCUGCAGGCGAUUGGAAAGAGCAAAUUGCCGACCUCGAAGGUAAGGUCAAUGCUCAAGCGAAAGAGAUUCAAGCACACAUCGAAGCCAUUGCUGCACUAGAAAAUCAGAAGCUAGAUCUUAUGCAAGAACUCCAUUCUAUAAAACAAGAAAUCUCGACCUUAGAAGCAGAAAACGCAGAGUCCGAAAAUCUCCGUGUAACCGCGGAAAUGAAAAUAGUUGACUUGGAAGAGCAACUUGAAUCCUUUAACCGAAUUCAGAACGAUCAGAAGCCGAACGAUUCUUCUGUUGAUUUGAUCCAGAAGAUUGAAAGUCUAACUCGAGAGAAUGAAGAACUUCAUCAGGAAAUCUCCAAGUUAAAAGAGAAAGGUUCAUCCGAUGCUGGAUCAACUGAAUCCUUCGAAACUUUGCAUGAAACCGACAGGAGCGAGUUGUUGAAGAAGAUAGAGGAAAUUAAUCAAAGAAACAGUGACCUGAUGAAGAAGUUGUCGACCCUGGAAGAGAAAACUGAAGAGAAAGGUUCUUCUGAUACCGGAUCGACAGAAUCUUUUGAAAAAAUUCCUGGACACAGUGACAACUCCAUGAAGAUUGAGAUGCUGACUCGCGAGAACAAUGAACUGGUUAUCAAACUCACGAAACUGGAGGAAAAACUGGAAGCUGAAAGUUCUAAAGAGUCGGAAGAAUCGGAGCGUAUCCAGAGACUCGUUCACGAAAACAACGAACUGGUGAUUGAAAUUACAAAACUAAAGGAAAGGGUUUCAGACGAUUCUCAGUUGAGGAUAAAAUCUUUGAUGGAAGAUAAUGAAGAUUUGAAGCGAAAACUAGAACAACUUGGAACACGUCUUGAAAAGGAUCAAGAUUCUUUGGAACAUUCGCAGAGGUUAGAGCAACUGAGUCAGGAGAAGGAAGCUUUGCUGGAGAGAGUGAGCAUCCUCGAAGAAAUGGAUAGCCAGGAAAAAUCUGAUUUGCGGGAAGCUGAAAGUGCGACGAUCGCCUCCUUGGAAAGUGAAAUAGAAUCCUGCAAGAGGUUAAUACAAGAACAGAAGAAUACCAUGGAUGACCUGAAGUUGAAAUUGAUUGAUAAAGAGGAGGAAUUAGAAAGGAAGAUCAUCCUGAUUACAGAACUUGAGGUCUCUGGAGCAGAUGUUGAAUCUCUACGAAAGGAACUAGAGGAUUCGAUGUUGGUGAUCGAGGAGUGGAAACGGAAAUGUGAUGACAUGCAGGAGAAGAUGAAUUAUUUGGAAGCCGGGAAGAAUUCAAUUGCGGAAGGACUCCAGCAUCUUCAGGAUGAGAAUCGCCUUUUGGUGGAGCAGGCUGAGCAAAAGGAGGAGAUGGUGAAGAACUUGAAGCAGGAGUUGGACAAUACGAUCAGUGUCUUUGAGGCUAAAUUAGAGGAACAAGCGACUCUUGUUGCUACGAAAGAAAAGGAGAUUGCUUCUUUGAAGGAUGUGAUCAAGACUAAGGAGAAGGAUUUAACCGACAAGUAUGCACAGUUGCAGAAUGAGAUGAUUCAGAUAGACUCUCUGCAGGAUGAGCUCAUUCAGAGGAAGAGUGAUCUUCAACAAAAGGAUGCUGCGAUAGUUUCGCUGACUGAGGAAGUAAAUGAACUGAAGGUUUCUUACAAAAAGGACGUAUCUUCUGCUAAAAAGGAGAUCGAGAACUUGCAAGGGCAGCUGAAACUAUCAAAGAGUCCAGAGGAGUUUAAAGAAUUACUCCGCGAGUUAGAAAAUAAGGAUCAACUUUUGAACCAACUAGAGGCGACGUUACAUAACUACGAGUCUGAGAUCAGCAGUCUUCAAGCUCAGAUUAAAAAUGCUGGUGUUCGUAACAAAGAACUCGAGAAUGAGUUACAUAAAAAAUCUCAAGAACUUGAUGAUGUGAAGAUAACAAGUGAUCAGAUAGAGGAGAAAUUGAAGGAUGCAGAGAUUGCUAAAUCUGAAGGGAAAAAACGAAUUGAAUAUGUGCAGAAUAUGCUUGAUACUAAUGCGAAAUAUGCCGAGGAUCUGAAAGUGGAAUUGAAUGAGGCUUAUCAGGCUCUGGAGAAAUUAAAGGUGAAACAUAUGGAAGAUAUGGAAAUGCAAAAUAGGAGAUUGGAGGACAUCAUUGAGGAUUUGCAUAGCAAAAUCCAAGAGUCGGAGGCUCUGAAGUCAGAGUUGGAGAGAAUGCAGCUCCUCAUUGGCCAAAACUUCACCGAGGAGACGAAGAAGUCUCUCGAGGUACAGAUCACCAAUCUUGAACAACAGCUUGCUGAAUCAGAUGAGAAGUCGCAGAGACAGUUGGAGAAGAUGAAGAAGAUUGCUGUUAACCUGAAGAAAAAAGCUGCUCUAGUUGAAGAACUAGAGACGAAGGUAAAUCAACUGGAGGAGAAAUUGAUCUUGGAAAAGGAUGAGAAGGAAGCGAAAAAUAGAGAGAUCCAGGAAAAGGAUGCCGCAUUGCAGGAGAAAGAUAACCAGAUAUCAUCUUUAGAGGAACGUUUCCUGGGUGUUCAGAACGAAAAGCAAGAAGCUCUUUUUCAUAUCGAGAGACUCAGUUUUGAGUUGGAUGAAUCGAGGCAGAGAUUGGAUUCUUUGACGAGGCUGGUGCUAGAAAUGGGAGAGGAAUCUUUUGAAUCAAUGAUAGAGAAGUGCAGGAUUCAGCAGCAGGAUUUGGAGGAAGCAAAGGAUAACGUCAGGGAACUGAGUGUUCGGAUGCAAGUUAUGGAAACUGAAUACGUGGAUCAGUUGUCUACCAUUCAGAAUCUGAAGACGGAGAAUGGAAUGUUGAUGUCACGGCAAUCACAGAUUAAUGAAAGGCUUGAGAAUGCGGAGAAGGAAUCGGAGGAUAGGAGAAUUCUUCUAGAACAGCUGAAGAUGGAAGCAGAGAAGAAAGAAGCUGAGUUAGCUGCAAAUAAGGAAGCUGAAUCAGUUGUGAAAGUCGAGGAAGCGCCAAAGGAGUCAGCUCAAGAUGGUACUAACACCCAGUGUGGAAGAUGCGAUCAGUGUCAGACUCUUGUUCACACCCUAGAAGCUAGAUUGCAAGAAAGGGAUGCCGAGAUUGAGAAUUUAGACAACGAGCUUGCCAACUCGAUUGGCAACUUUGUCCAAAUGCAGGAGAACCUCCGAUUUAAUAUGAAUCAAUCAGGGCAAAAUAGGUCACUUCAAGAACCUUAUAACGAACUAAUGGUGCAGUACAAUGCCCUGACUGCUUCAAAUGAAGAAAUUAAAAAGAAGCUGGAUGAGACUCUAAAGGAAAAUCAAGAACUGACUGAUAAGAUCGAGAGUUUGAAGGACCUGAAUGUAACUUUAAAAGAGAGAACUGAAGCUGUUGAGCAGGAAUUGUCGUCUGGAAAGACGACAACUGAAAGUUUAGGGGCAGAAUUAGAGACGACGCGUCAAGAGUUGAUCGCUGCUAGGUCUCAAACUCAGGAAUUGGUGGUUUCAAGAGAUAGAUUAAGUGAAGAACUGACCAUCUGUCAGCAGAAGAUAUCAGAACUGGAAUUGGAAUUGAGCAAUCUGAGAGAAAGUGUGAGUUUGGAGAUACCUAAUAGGGAUCUGGAAAGUUCUGAACCCGCUCCUUUGUUUGAUGCAUCAAAGGCUUUUGGUUUCGUUCCCGUGAAGGAUUCAGAUAAGCAGGAAAUUAUAAAACUAAGCGAUUUGUUAUCCGAGAAGGAUAAUCUCUGUAGUAGUCUCUCUGCGGAAAUUGAGAGACUGAAGGCCGAGAACGAAGCUAAAGUUCAGAGUCUUCUGUUCGAGAAACAGGAGAUUGAGAGUUCCCACGAACUUUGCAGGUUUCAGAUCCUCCAGUUGGAGAACGAGAUUAAGAGUUCGAACGAGGCUGGUCGAGUUCGAGAACUUGAGGAUCGUUCUAUCAAAAUUCAGAGAGAAAACGAUCUUCUCCAGUUGCAGGUCAAUGAUUUAACGAGAGCACUGGAAGAUCUCAAAGAGGCAGGAGCAAAGACAAGAAAUCUGCAGGAUGAAUUGGCUGCCGCUUUAGGUGAAAAAGCGCAAUUGUUGCUCCAAGUUGAAAAUCUGACUCAAAGUUUAAGGAAUUUGGAACAAUCUAAAACGGUUGUUGAAGAGAAAGUAGAGAAGGCAACAGAUCCUUUGAAGGAAUCAACCUGGGCGACGGAAAUGGAGAAGGUGGAAGUGGAGGAGGAAGGUUGGGGCUGGAAUGCUGAAGAAGCUACACUAGCUGAUGAUUUAGUUACGAAUCCACUCGGUGCGACUGCAGAAGUCCAGUUACAAAUCAGAAUUUCGGAACUCGAGGAUCAACUGAAAGAUCUCGAAGAUGACAAAGCGAAGAUCCUAGAAGACAACAGGAACGUUCAAACAAAAUGUGGGAAGUUGAUCAAGAAACUCAAGGAGUACAAAUUCCAGGUUGAGUCUUUACAACAGCAGGUGAAAUCUAAGAAGUUGACGAGCGAUUUGUGCAAUCUGGAUUCAGUCUUCAAAGACGAGAUGAAUUCACAGAUAUCUAGUUUAGAGAAAGCUUUAGGUGAAGCCAAGGAAGACAAUAAAAAGGCGAUAGCUGAGAAGGAGAAUUUGUUGAAACGUUUGGAUGUCUUGAUGGCAGCGAAUGAGAGGCACCUGGAGCUGAAGGAAAGACAGGAUAUGCAACUCGAAGUUUGGGAAAUCAGGAACAAGGAAUUGACGAAUAGAUUAGGAGCUUUACAACAGAAAUUGGAGGAAUGUGGAACUGAAGCCCAAAAUUCUCAAGUACAAAGUCAAACUAGUCAGCUAGAGGUUAAAGAGUGUCUCACUGCAGGAGAUAAAUCUAGGGAAGAACUGGAAAAUCUGAAAAUUGCUCUAGAAGAUCUAGCAGCCGAGAAUGAUGAGCUGCAACAUCUUCUUGAAGAACAGAGAACUAAUAGGCUAGCUAUGGAAUCAAAAAUGGCUGUGCGUUCCGAUACUGAAAGUAGAUUAGAAGAAUCUAAUAUAAGAAAUGUUGAAUUGCAGAAGGAUUUGGAUAAAUUAAGAGAGGAGUACAAUAUAUUAAGGAAACAGUACGAGCAAAGUUUGAUGGAUGCGAAUGAUCAGGUUCAAGUCAUGCGUCAAAAUUCGGAUGUUCUUAAGGAAGAGCUUGCUAGGAAAUGUGAAGAAAUCGCGGAGGUUUUGUCUCUUAAUAAAGAAGCGGAUGAAUCUCUUUCUAGAUUAAGUCAAGAGUUGCAGGAAGCUUUGAGGGAAAAGGAAGAAUUGAGAAAGGCUCUUGAGAAGAAAGUUCUCGAAGUUCAAAGUUUGAGACAAGAAUCAGAUGUUUGUGUGGAGAGUCUAAAAGGCGAGGAGAUGGAAAUCGAGAACCUUCGAAAGACGAUUCUUGAAAAAGAUGAAGAACUCCUUAUCUUGAAGAAACGAACAGAGGAGUUGGUAUCUUCCAAUUCUGAGUUAGAAGUUAGAUUUCAGCAAAUGGAUCUCUCUCUACAAACCUACUUAGUUGAUCUAGAAACGAAGAAUCGGAUUUUGGAAACGAAGGAUCAAGAGAUUCAGACUCUUGUUUCUACUUUGCAGUCUCAUGAAAUAAAUCUCCAGCUCUUGCAAAACAGGGUAUCACAAGCAGAACAUGAACUUCACGAAUCAAGAAACCUCUUGGCUGAAAGGGAGUCUACGAUUCAGGGAUUCGAGCAGGAAUUGCAGAAGGCGAAACAGGAUUUAGAGACGAGUAGACUUGAAAUUGAGGAACUCGUCAGCAAACUCCAGGUUCAUGAGCAAGAACUAGAAAGGUUGGGCGAAAUCGAGGAGAACAAAACUGAAAGUUACAACGUCUUGAAUCUGGAAUUCCACGCCAAGAAGGAAGAAUUGAAUUACAUGAAGCAAAGGCUAUCAGAAAGCGAGACAACCAUCACAGAUCUGAAGGAGAAACUUGAGAAAGAGGUGUCUUCAGAGGCUCCGAAAACUGUUGACGGUAUUCCUGUUUUCAGAAUGGGAGGCAGUGAUGAUCAGGAAAUAGAUGAGCUAAAGUCAGAAUUAAGCAAAAAGCAGUUACAGAUAGAGAAUUUAGAAUCCUCUCUUAGCGAUAGUCCUUAUCCCCAAAUUAUACAAGAACUACAAGACACUGUCAAUCGUCUCUACAACGAAAAGGCCCAGAUCGAACUUACUUUGGCGACAUUGUCACAAAACUUGAGAGAUCGACUCAAAGAAAAGGAGGAAGAGGUAGAAAAUCUUCGUCAGGAAUUGGAACUCCAACGACAGCAGAUGGAUUCAGAUCGAGUCUCGAGAAGGAAGAGAUCCCUCGGGGAUGAUGAAAUAAAUAGGUUGAAGGACGCCCUACGUGCUUGGGAACAAGAAGUUGAUGAUUUGAGGCACGUUAUAGCCGAGAAGGAUGCUCAGCUUCAACAAGAUUCUUCCUCGACCGAAAAAGAAACGAUUGAAAGACUCAUGGCUGAAAAGGAACAAGUUAGACUCGAAGCUGAAGAGAUCUUGGAGCGGAAACUAUCAGAGAAGGAGAUGGAAAUUGAGUCGCUCAAAUCCCGUCUCCAGGAAGAGAAGGAGCUCCUCCUCACGGAUUUAAAACUGAAGGAAAAGGACAUUGAGAAUUUGAGAAUUCAGUUUGAAGGAAUCAGCUCUGAUCACGAGGAGCAGUUGCAGAAGAAGAUGGUGGAAGUUGCUCAUGCUGGGAAUGAUCUAGCCGAGAAGGAUAGAAGACUCGCGGAACUUAGCAUCACCAAAGACGCGGAGAUUCACAAUCUAAAUGUUCAGAUUCACGACAGGGAUGUUAGGAUCGAGGAAUUGUUGGCAUUGUCAGAAGAGGAGGAGAGACAGUUGUCGGAUUUGAAGAGGAUUCUGGAAACGAGGGAACAGGAGAUCACCGAUUUGAAGCAGCAGCUGGAGGAGAAGGUCAAGGAACUGGAGUUGAUUCAGCACGCUCUGAAGAGACAUAUAAUGAAAUCUGAUGAUGAUGAUGAAACAAGUCCUUCCAAGGGAAAUUCAGCGAAUGAGUUGGACCUGGCGCUUUAUAUGCUUCAUCAGAGGGAUGUCAGGUGUGAGGAACUGACUCUGGAGUUGAUGCAACUUCUGGAGGAGAGGGACACCUUGCAGUUGCGAUUGUCUAAUGCGAUCAGGGUUAAUGAGGAACUGAGGAGGAAUGGGAGUCCGGUGAAGGGACUUUCCUCGAGUUCAGAGGAUUUGCCAACCGUGGAGGAUCCGUCGCCUUCGAGAGCUGAAGGACCUGUCGAGAUUGCCAAGGAUGCGCUGGACUCGUCGAUUGGGGAAAACAGGGAAGCUCUUGCUCAGAAGCUUUCGCAGUUACAUACAGUGGGGCAUACGAAGGAUGUGAGAUUGAGGGAUGAACGAGAAAUGAGACAUACGCAACAGAUGAACUUAUUAGCUCAUAGAGAUGUCUUGAGUACUUUGCCGCCGGAAGCUGCUGCCAGAUACGUCAAUGCGAAUUACACACUUUCAAGAGACGUUCAGAGUCAAUCGAGCGUUCUGAUGAAUUGGCUCUGGGGGAAGAGCACACCGAAGGUAAUGCAUAUGUGAUCGAAGAGGAUAAAUCAUGAAGCUAAAAUUUUUGCUUCAACCUGGAUACAUUCCUUGUAGGAAGCAACUGCCAAAAAAAAUGAGAGAAAAAAUCUAGUGUCUUCAAAGCGCAAAAAGUGCUUGAAACAUAAUAGAAAUUAAUUAAUUAAUUAAUUAUGAAAUUAAUUAAGAAAUUAAUUAAUUAAUAAUUUUUUAAAGAGACAACUAGGUGCGAACUACUGUAAUAUAUGUAGCGACAAAUGAUAUAAUAAUGUAUAAUAGUAAGCGAAGUAUUUAUGAGGAUUGCCUUGAAAAAAUUGUACAUUUCGGUUAUUUUUUAUGAAUCAGUGCGAACUCCUUUUGUCAUCUGUUGACUAUCCUUUCUCAUACAGUGCAUUGUUAACGAAAUCCUGCGACUAACCACGUUUAGAAAAAAAAAUUGAUUUUUAUCUUCUGAUCGUGGUUUUUCGCCGGCCUUGUAUCUAUUUUUAAAUAAAUAAUGAUAAUAAAGCGUACGUAAAAUUGUAGGACAAUCGUGUUUUGUCAUUCAUGGAAAAUUUUGUACAGAAUAAGAGUUCCGAUUGUUUGAUUAAUAAAGAGCCACACGAGGAAUUCAUUGUAAGAA